AUGAUGUUCAUUAACGCUUUCGCCGCCGCUAUCACUCUCAUCUCUCCUGCGGUCUUCGCAGCUCCUCAAAUCCCUCAAGAUUUACUUAAGAUCAAGCUAUGCCAGGAUCCCGACCUUGGUGGUCUUUGCCUCGAGCCUGUUGCUCGAGUCGCCACUUGUGAAAACAUCGAUCCCACCUAUGACGACAAGGUCACGUCUUUCGAUACCCGCGGCAGAAUAUGCACCUUUUACCUCGAGGCCGAUUGCUACGCAGCAACGGAGUACUCUUACGACGGCACGAUGAAUGACCUGCUCAAGAGCGAGAGGCCCGGUUUCAAUGAUGCGAUCUCUUCUUACAACUGCCUCUAG